CAAGACCAAAAAUUUCCAUCACAAAAAUAAAAAAGCUUUUUUAGAGUACUCCAUCUGUUUUUAUUACUACUUUCAAACACUCGCAAAAGUCAACGCCUCUCUCUUUCACUCUUUUUUCUCUCUUUCUCUCUCUCUCUAUCUCUCUACUUCACCCCCAGCCAGCCACCACAGCUCAAUCUUCUUCUUCUUCUUCUUUUCUUCUUUGCAGCUUCUCUUCCAAUUCUUCUUCCUUUCGUCUCCAUUCAAUGAUUCCUAAACAACCCCAUAUAAUCUUUUUGUAGAUUUUUUCUUCACAAUUAAACUUGGGUCACUUUUAUUUAUUUAAUUCUUUUUCUGAGUUUGAUUUUGGUUGGAAAAAAUGGGUAAUGGAUGCAGCACGUGCUUCAGCGGCGGCGGUGGUGGGCUCUACGAAGCUGGUCGGAGGAGGAAAGACUUAGCUGCCGUGGUUUCCGACCCUUUAGAUGAUCUGGGUCAUUCAUUCUGCUACGUCCGACCCGAUCCGACUCGGGCUUCUUCCUCCAAGGUCCAUUCCGACGAGGGUGCAACCGAGAACAAUCCCAAUACUAAUGCCACUUCCUCAACGACGACGUUUAAGUCCAUCUCCGGCGCCUCCGUGAGCGCCAACACCUCGACGCCGCUCUCCACGGCGUUCGUCGAUCUUUACAGUUACAACAGCAUCGACAGCAGGGCGUCCGCCGCCGCCGCUUUCGAGAGCUCCACCUCCUUUGCUUCAAUUCCGUUACAGCCAAUCCCGAGGAGUUCGGCCGGGUACUCCGGCCCCAUAUCCAGUUCCGGGCUCAUUCCGAGCUCCGGCCCGAUUGAACGUGGCUUUAUGUCCGGCCCGAUUGAGAGAGGGUUCCUUUCGGGUCCUCUUGAUCGGGGGAUCUUCUCCGGCCCUCUAGAGAAAGGUUCCUCUGAUCAGUUUCAGAGGAGCUUCUCCCAUGGUUUUGCGUUGCGGUCCAGAUCAAGAACAGGGUCGUUGAUUCGGGUCCUUCAGAGAGCUUUAUCCAAGACCAUAAUCAGAGGUCAGAAUUCGAUUGUUGCCCCGCUUAAAAGCGUUGUUUCUUUGAAAGAAAAUGAUUGGAUUAUGGGUGGCUCUGAGAAGCAAAAUGAGUUGACAAUUAGUAGUGUUAAUUUAAGUAGUGAAGGUAGCAGUAGCUUAUUAGAUGAUGAUGAUUCAUUAGAAAGUCAGAAUCUUCAAUGGGCUCAAGGUAAAGCUGGGGAGGACAGGGUCCACGUGGUUGUUUCUGAGGAGCACGGAUGGGUAUUUGUUGGGAUUUAUGAUGGAUUCAAUGGCCCUGAUGCCCCGGAUUAUUUGUUGUCCAAUUUGUAUUCAGCUGUUCAUAAGGAGCUUAAGGGAUUGUUAUGGGAUGAUUCAAAGCUUGAUUCUUUGAAUAACAGUUCCUCUGCUGCUGCAGCUGUUGAGAAUCCGAAUCCCGGAAAUAUGGAUGAUUUGAAUCAUGUUUCUAGAGACAGGACUAGUGAUGGCUGUUCAAGAAGUGUGGAGGAGGAUAGCUAUCCUGUUGGGAAUGGGUGGAUUAAUAAGAAGAACCGGAAAAGUUCUAGUAGGAGUAAGUACAGAGGAGUUGCGAAGAAACGGGAAGAGAAUCAGAGGAAAUGGAGGUGCGAAUUUGAUAGGGAAAGAUUGGAGCUUGAUCGGAGGUUGAAGGAGCAAUUCUUGAACAAGAACGGAUCAUCCAUUAAUCAUGGAGAUGUUCUUAAAGCACUUUCACAGGCACUUAAGAAGACUGAAGAGGCCUAUUUGGAUCUUGCUGAUAAGAUGGUCAUGGAAAACCCCGAGUUGGCGUUAAUGGGCUCCUGUCUCCUCGUGAUGCUUAUGAAAGGAGAAGAUGUUUACGUGAUGAAUGUUGGCGAUAGUCGGGCAGUUUUAGCUCAGAAGAAAGAGCCUGAUCUAUGGAGCCAGGAUUUAGAGAGGAUAAAUGAGGAAACUUUGUAUGAGCUUGAGUUAUCUGAUUGCGACAGAACAAAUACAUUGCCGAGCUUAAGUGCUUUUCAGCUUACCAUGGAUCAUAGCACUUCCAUAGAUGAGGAAGUUCAAAGAAUUAGAAAGGAGCACCCUGACGAUGCUUGCGCUAUAACAAAUGAUCGUGUUAAAGGUUCACUGAAGGUCACUAGAGCAUUUGGUGCUGGUUUCCUGAAACAGCCAAAGUGGAACGAUGCCCUUCUAGAGAUGUUCAGAAUAGAUUACGUUGGAACUUCCCCGUACAUCAAUUGUCUCCCAUCCCUUUACCACCACAAAUUAGGUCCGCGAGACAGGUUUUUGAUACUGUCCUCGGAUGGAUUGUAUCAGUACUUCACAAAUGAGGAGGCUGUUGCUGAAGUCGAAACUUUCAUCACAUGGUCCCCAGAAGGCGAUCCUGCCCAACAUCUUGUUGAGGAAUUGCUCUUCCGAGCUGCAAAGAAAGCUGGUAAACUAUUCCUCUUGACACAAAACAUCAUGCAUUUGUUAGCCUCUACAAAUAAUGUUCUCUGGCCGAGAGUGUUCUCAAUUUGUUUUGGGUUUUUUGUUUUAUUUGCAGGCAUGGACUUUCAUGAACUACUUGAAAUUCCACAAGGCGAUCGACGGCGCUACCAUGAUGAUGUUUCCAUCAUUGUUAUAUCUCUGGAGGGAAGGAUAUGGAGAUCCUGUGUAUAGUUUUUUUUUUUUUUUUUU